CUUCUUUUUGGUGCGUUUCAGGAUUUGCUGGUCUCAGUCUUUCCUAUUCUCUUACUCUUUCUUCCACCCAAGUGUUUUUCACUAGGUGGUACUCGAACUUAGAGAAUUUCAUCAUUUCUGUUGAGAGAAUCAAACAGUUUAUGCAUAUUCCAUCAGAGCCUCCUGCAGUCAUUGAUAAGAACAGGCCACCGCCUUCAUGGCCUCAUGAAGGCAAAGUAGAUUUAAUCGAUCUAAAAGUGAAAUAUCGUUCAAAUACUCCCUUGGUUCUAAAAGGGAUUACAUGCACUUUUGCACCAGGAAACAAGAUUGGAGUUGUAGGAAGGACCGGAAGUGGGAAGACCACCCUAAUAAGCUCUCUAUUUCGUCUUGUAGACCCUUCAGAUGGAAGAAUCCUUGUUGAUGAGCUUGAUAUAUGUUCCAUAGGUCUAAAGGACCUCAGGUUGAAACUAAGUAUUAUUCCUCAAGAACCAACUCUUUUUCGAGGCAGUGUAAGGAGUAACUUGGACCCUCUCGGGCUUUACACCGACCAUGAGAUAUGGGAGGCAUUAGACAAGUGCCAGUUGAAGGAAACCAUUAGCAGUCUUCCCGCUCUUCUUGAUUCAACUGUUAGCGAUGAUGGAGAGAACUGGAGUGCUGGACAAAGGCAGCUCUUCUGCCUUGGCCGUGUUCUCCUACGAAAGAACAAAAUUCUUGUUCUCGACGAAGCAACUGCCUCCAUUGAUUCUGCAACUGAUGCCAUCCUUCAGAGUAUUAUCAGGAAGGAGUUCUCUAAUUGCACCGUCAUAACCAUAGCUCAUAGAGUUCCGACGGUUUUGGAUAGUGACAUGGUCUUGGUACUUUCUUAUGGUAGGUACUCUGAUUCUGAUUUUUAUUGUAUUUUAUUAAUUCACCUAUUUGUUAGUAAAUGUUUAUGCCACAUAACAAGAUAAAAGUAUCGGGAAAGCCCAUCGAUUGUAUAGUAUGCUGAAGAAGCGGCAAUUCUAGAGCAUUUACUAACUGAGGAAUACAGAUAACAAAAAAUUUCUUGACCGGCAAAAUUAAAAAGAUGAGGAAG